CCCCCAAGUCUGAGAGGCGGAACACACGAUGCAAAAGAAUUCCCUGGCCGGAGACCGCCAGAGGGACAGUGUGUCAGAUGAUUUGUCAGACUCUCCAGAGCUGGGGCCCGUCUCCUAUAUGGAAACCUUUCUGGUCCGGAGGCUGUCCUGUCGCACCAUCCAGCUGCCCCCUCUGGCCUUCAGGCAGGCUGAGCAGUACUACUGCAACUACAAACCUGAACCAGACACGGUCAUGUUCCCACCACGACCGACCACACUGGCUCUACGCACCCCGCCACUUAUUGCCAUCACCUCCGCUGACACCAGCAGGUGA